UAUUAUGGUAUUUAUAGUUAUAUUAUUAGUAAUUAUUUAUCUAUACCCCCCUCGUCUCCGCGACUCAUCGGCUGCCGACAAUACGGAUUAUUGGAGUUAUUCUAUAUUACUAUAUUAUUCUAUGUCUCUUAAAAUUCUGUAUAAUCACUUUCAUUAGCGACAUCGAAGCCAUCGGUUGGUCCCAUCGCUCAGAUGCACUAAAUUGUCUAAAUAAUUAUUAUAUUCUUUUCUGUCCUGACCGCAGUGACACUUAUUAAGUAAUAUGCGUAUUGCGUUUACUCAGUUUACUCAGUAUACUAUUUUAUUAUUUUUCGUUUAACAUAAUAAUUAUAUUGAAUAGUGUUAUAAGACGUUUUUAAGUUUUGAUCUUCGUCAAGAAUCAUAUUAUACAGGUAAAUUGUAUUCCUUAUUACCUACCAACAGCAUAGGUAGUGUGUGUGUUUUCAGUGUUGUUCAGAUACGGUAAAAUUUACUUUAUUAGAAUCUUAAGUCACUCAAGUAUGUCUACAUCAUACUCAGUAGUUCAUUUUUUUGAUGAUGAAAGCGUGGAAGCAGUUCCCAGUUUUUGGGUCAAUGACAAAUUCUGUGCUUGGCCAAAAAAAAUAAUUUAUGUCAAGAAAUAUAUUGAAAUUAAACGUAUUCCCAAUGAUACAGAUUUUAUCUAUUUAAAAGCUCGAGAGCUUUGUAGAGGCUUGAAAUCAUUGAAUGAAGCUAAAGAAAAAGCCAAUAUAAAUAAAUAGAUAUAAAUCAUAUUUUACUGAUGAUGAAGAUAUUUUAUUUAAUCAAAAAAAUGAUCAACCUAAUUCACUGACAGCAUCUAUUCCGUCAAUGCCAAUAUUUUCUAGCCCUGAAAAUAAUGAAAUAGUUCCUUACUCUUCAAAAAAAUCAAAUGUUUCAAAAAUAAAGCAUAAUAAGAUCCAAUCCGGUUGGUCUCCAUCACCUAAAAAAGCAAAACAAAAAAGUCAAACUGUUCGACAACUUUCAUUUAAGGACCAUAAUAAUAUGACGCCUAUUCAAGAAAUUGAAUUUAAAAAAAGUUCAUCCAAUUUUGUCAUUGUAGAGAAUGUAAAUACUGAUCAAAAACAGCAUUUAUACUCUAAUAAUUUGUCAUCAAAUUUAAAUUUGCCUGUUAAAGAAAAUGUUAAUGAGACUGCAGACAACACUCUGGAUAUCAGCUCAAAAAAAUUUUCUUUUGAUUCACCAGCUAAUUCACCAUGGAUUUUAAAAAUCCAUUAAUUUUAAACUUUUAAUUAACAUUUGACAUUGGGUUUACAAUUUUAAAUAAAUAUUUAAAAAAUAUUAACUUGAUGUGUGGGUACGUUAGGUAACAAACCCUUAUAUUUCAGCCGGCGGUUAUAUUCCGAUGAUGUUGGAGAGGCACCAUCGUUUAACGUCGCCUUUGAAUUGUUACUUGAAUACAUGAAUUACACUCACACACGCGUAAAUACGCAACUAUUAAAUAAGCAAAAUUGCGCAUGCUCUUUUUAUUAAUUAACCCCAUACACUCUAAUUCUAUUAGUUUCUUAAUAGUACUUAUCUAUCAAAGCAUAUUAUAUAUUAUAUACCUAAUCUAUAAUGUAUAAUAUAAAUAUAUAUAUAUAUUAAAAAAUAAUUAUUUUUAUCAAAUGUUACACGUACCUAUCGGCAGCUCGUCAAAUAAUGACUGAUUUUAUACUUACA